UCACAGUGGAAAUAUGAGGCAUGCACUUCCAGUGCAGCUGUGGGUUGUGUGUGCACUCUGUGUUUGGGUCUGUGUGUAGUUCCCGUUUAGGCUCAAUAGGGCCAAUCAGCCUAAGACUGGCCUACGAAAGGACAGCUGUGUCUCCAAUUCCUCUGUGGAAUGCUAAGAUGAAAUGGCUAUUUAAAUUGGCUAUUCCUAAUGGCUAUCUUGUGCCGAGUAUUUAUAAUGUUAAUUCCAAUGGAUCAAUGUCCCUGGCCAGCACGACCAGCUAUUAUGAAGGCAAGGAAUGUGCGGUUCCCUUUAAGGGGCGAUACCCGGCUCUCAAGCUGGAAUAAGGAAGUGUGAGGGGGCGGAGUCCCGCUCUGAGGUCAGACUGCAGGUGGAAGCACACUGGUGUUAUCGGACAAUUCUGCUUUGGGGCUAUCCUUUCUCUAUCCCUAAGGCUUUGUUCAUGGCAGGAAACUCUGAUGGCGAGAUUCGUAAUCCCACUGAGGUGCACAUGAGCCAGAUGGUUUUGCCCUGCCAUGCCAACCACCGGGGACAGCUCAGUACUGGCCAACUACUCAAAUGGAUUGACACUGCAGCCUGCCUGUCUGCUGAGAGGCAUGCCGGCUGCCCCUGUGUCACUGCAUCUAUGGAUGAUAUCUAUUUUGAACACACUAUCAGUGUGGGGCAAGUCGUAAACUUGAAGACGAAAGUGAACCGCGCAUUUAACUCUAGUAUGGAGGUUGGGAUCCAGGUAAAUUCAGAAGAUUUGUGCAGUGGAAAGGAAUGGAAAGUUUGUGAAGCAUUUGCCACAUUUGUAGCACAAGUACAAGACAAGGGCAAGGUUAAACUUCAUCCCCUUACCCCGGUUACUGAAGAGGAGAAGUUGGAACACAGUAUUGCUGCUGAAAGAAGGCGCAUGAGACUGGUCCAUACUGACAUAAUCAAAGAUUUGCUCGUCAAUUGCACGCUUCAGGAUGAACGAAGCCGGGAAGGAAAUAUGAAUGGGGAGGUACUUGCCCAGACAACUCGGGUUGAGAGUGUGGAACUGGUGCUGCCGCCGCAUGCAAACCACCAGGGCAACACAUUUGGUGGGCAGAUCAUGGCCUGGAUGGUGAAUGUCGCCACUAUAGCUGCCAGCCGUCUCUGUCACACCCAUCCUACUCUCAAGGUUAUUGAGAUGUUCCACUUCCGGGGGCCUUCUCAGGUUGGUGACAGGCUCAUUUUAAAGGCCAUUGUGAACAAUACCUUCAAAGACAGUAUGGAGGUUGGGGUCUGCGCAGAGGCAUUCUGCCAUGAAAUGAAUGUGCCUAGGAGACACAUCAACAGUGCAUUUAUGACCUUCAUGGUUCUAGAUGAAAAAAAUCACCCAUGUGUUUUACCUCGCAUUAAACCAGAUGAAGGGGAUGGACAAAGAAGGUACAGGGAAGCACUUGCUCGCAGAAAGAUCAGACUGGACCGAAAAUAUGUAACCUCCUGCAAGCAAUCAGAAGUCCCACUGUCUGUUCCAUGGGAUCCAAGUAACCAGAUAUAUCUCAGUUACAACAAUGUUUCUGCCUUGAAAAUGCUGGUGUCCAGAGCUGAUUGGGUGUUAGCAUCUGAAAUUAACACGGUCCAUCUGUACACAUUGGAGGAAGAUGGUUAUUUGUCCUUCAGGGUUGAAAUGAGAGUUUCUAUAGAUGCCAGAGAAGCGUUUGAACUACUCUCGGACUUAAGCCGUAGAAACCAGUGGGAUUCCACCUAUCAGGAAUGUCAACUGCUGCAGCAGGUUAAUGCUGAUGAUGCCAUUUACCAUGUGAUUAGCACAAUGCGUUCCUCUCAAAAGCGUUUGCAGGAUUUUAUUAUUUUGGCAUCUAGAAGGCAGCCUUGUGAUGUUGGGGACCCUUAUGUUGUAGCCUUUCGGUCAGUUACCCUCCCUGCUUAUCCUCCAUGCAAAGAGUAUACACGAGGGGAGACGCUCUGCGCUGGAUUUUGUGUCUGGCCCGAGAAAGAAAAUAUGACAAAGAUUUCCUACUACAAUCAGUUUACUCCUGGAAUUGUGGAAUACAUUACAACCAAUAUCGCUGGCCUCUCAUCAGAUUUCUACAUUUCGUUCCAAUCAUGUGAGCGGUUCCUAUUUGAGAACACAAGGGGCAAGACCAGUGUCUGACCUGUCUGGGCUAAGGCAUGCUGCUUAAGGGGCACAAAGCUGCAAUAAUUCACCAGGGCUCCCAACUGUUUUUAUUUUAGGUAUAAUCAGGUUGUACAGUAACAUACACAUAGUACAUAGCCCCUGAUGCUAGCACACACAGCACUUUCUGUUCCUGAUGUGGAACUUUUGGAAAUGAAUUUCAUCCUUAUAUGUUUUACUGACUGGUGGAAGGAACUGUAAUUAGCAUUAGAGGCAGUCUGAGUACCUCUAAAUGAUAUUGCCUCGUGUUGAAACAGCAGAUCAAAUAACCAGGAUGUGGCUUCCGAUACAUUGAAUAUCCCAGCUGUUUAGUUUGCCAGUGCUGUGGUGUAACUUUCUGAUGGCAGGCUGGUACUGACAUCAUUCAGACACAUUCAUUAAGAAAUUGUGACUUGGCGGGCAUUAGGAACAAGAAUAAUUUAGAACAAGACCAUGCUUUCCUCCAUUUUGCCUUUCUGAACAAAUAUGGUACAUGGAUUGAUAACUACAUUAUUUCAUGUUGGGAAUGGAACAAGAGCAAAAGGGCAGAUUUUGCUUGGCUAAUUCCAUUUCUUUAGGGAGACACUACAACUAAAGGAAGGUUAUGCUUUCUUGGGCAAACACUUUUUAAUAGAUUAUAAGUGAUAAGAUAAGUAACAAUAAUAGUUACUGUUGGUGAUUGAUUGUGUGGCUACAGCAGUGGUUUUAUGCAGGGCUGUGGAGUUGGUAGAUAAAUUCUCCCGACUCCUCAGUUUCUGAUACUUCCGACUCUCCGACUCCUCUGUUUUUAAUAUGCUAAUGUAUUUUAUACAUUCAUACAGUCAAUGAAAAGCAUACUUCAUGGUCACUCAACGUGUUCGUUUAUGCACUGCGUGCAUUGGGCUUUAUUCUUAUAGCAGAGAAGUAAUUUAUUAUCACUGUUUGUGAAUUGGGACAUUUAAACUUGCUCUAUUAUUUUUUUUUUUAUUCCCAUUUAAAUUUAGUAGGAGUUGGAGUCGGUUCAUUUUUUGCCGACUCCAACUCCAGGUACCCAAAAUUGCCUCCGACUCCUCGACUCCGACAAUACAGCCUUGGUUUUAUGAUAUACAAGCACCUAAUACAUGCUGGCAUUCAAGGCUGCAGCAAUAAGCUGAGUAAGCACUCUGGAGUUCAGGUAACCAGUUGCACACUUAAAUGUUCCAACCAGAGGCAACAAUAUUAUCCCUGGUCCAUGAAAUGUUAAUGAAACCAAUGUUAAAAAACUUUUAUUUAAAAUAAUCUACAGAAUCAGGUUUUUCCUUGUCUAAAUGGAUUGUUUUUCAAAAUGGCCGCCAUGAUGCUGAAAACCUGUGGAAAUUAUGCUUUUAAUUGAAAAUUGUGUGCUUCCAGAAAAUUACAAUUGUAAACAGGGCUGAAGGUAGCACCCCCUGCCCAGAAAAGGGGAAUCACAUAAAUAAGGGAUGUCCAACCUGCAAUCUUUCAGCUGCUGUUGAAAUUAAACUCUGAUAACCUUUGAUUGUAGUGUCCCAGGGCAAAUACUCUCUGUGUCCUACCCUCAAACCAACCCUUAAUGUAAAACUUACCUUCUUAUUGGGAAAUAAACCCCACUUCUCUGCACAAAGAUUUCUCACAUUACAGACUUAUAGGCUGUCUUGCAUUUAGCUGCUGGGUUGACAGUCUUUAACCUUGCUGGUUACAUAUUGCUUUCAUUUAAUGCAAUCACAGGUUUCUAGUGUUCUUCCCUUCACACCCAGCUGGACUGGAUGCGGUUUCAAAACUUGUGUGUGUAUAUAAUAUUCAGUCUAACACUACCGGCAUAACACACCCACAGUCCUCUGAGCUGGCUGCUAUAUCACACUCAGCAAAUUGUCCCAGUGCAGUAAACCAUAGCAGCCAAUCACAGACCAGAGACAGAUCAAAGCUAAUUUCUGGGGAAAUCUACCCAGUGUUGGUAAAUUCACCACAGUUAAUACCAGGAAAUAAAAAUGUUACAUGUAAUGUUCCCUGCAUUUGUGAACAUUAUGCUUUUUUACACUAGUGAGCUUUUUUUUAGACAACUGAUUAAAAGACCCAAUAGCAAACAGAAUAGAAAUAAAUGUAUAGAUAGUAAAACAUGACAUGAUAUAUUUUACUGGUGUGCAUAUUAGAUCCUGCUUCAUACAGUAUGAAUGGUUAAUGGGAUUGAAAUAAAUGGUUGAUGGGCAUUUGA